UAGCUAGAAAAUAAUAAAAGUAAAAUAUCACUAAAGAGCUAAGGCUUCUUAUAAAAGUUAAGAGCAUACAUAAUCUUAAAAUGAAAUGAAACACGGGUUUCUUGUAACAUAAUACAAAAUAUUAUCAAAUAUUUAAAGAAUUCAAAGCGAAGGUUUCCAAUUUCCCCGUUUUCUCGCCUUUUCGUCGUCUUUGCGGUGUACAGUUUUCGUUUUGCGACCACUUUUCGUUUGCCUACGUGCCAGAAGAAGAAGAGGAAGAAGUAGUGGAGAGGUGGGGACAAGAAGAAGAAGAGAGCCAACGUGUCUGCGCCCCCCGUCCCGCCCCCUAGUUCCGUCUAUUUCUCUCUCUUUAUGCCCCCCUCACACUUUCUUGUUGUUGCUUAAAUAAUAAUGGUAAAUAACCAAGUAAAUAAGUGACAGUGCAUAACCGAAAAGAAAAUAAAGUAAAAUUAUUUUUCAGUUGAAAUUGUGGUGAAAAAGUGAAUGCCAAAAACUUUGCCUCGUGUGUUAAAUAAUAAAUAUUCAAAUGAAAAGGCGCCAAACCAAAGCGCUGUGAACAUGUGUGUGUGUUAGCGUGUGUGUAUUCGCAAUUGAUAAGAUUAUUCAAUUGGUUUUUUUAACGCCUAAGUGGCCGCCAAUUAAUCAAUUUACAUGCUAUGUGGGACACACGCACACACAUUUGUUUGCAUCGGUAAAAUAUAAAUACAUAAAUAAUUGCUCGCCUGAAUAAAUACAAAUACAAAAUAAAAUACGUGUUUGCACAACAAAUACAACAAAAAUGCAAAGUCAAUAAACUUUUUGUAUGACAAAAGAGUGUUCGAAAAUGCCGCAGAAAAAGAGAAGGGGAAAAGCUUUUCAAAUCCAUGCGUACAUAUGCAUAUACAUAUGUAUAUACGAAAAAGCUUUCGAGAGCGGAGUGUGUGCGUCGAGUUUUUUGCAAGUGUUUUUCAAAAAUAUUUUCAGUUUUGCCAUGCCCACAAAAAAUGUAUCAAUCACUCGUCGUUGUUUUCCACAGUGUACGCAAUUCCGAAAAUGUCGCGAAGAUUCAAUUUCAAUCGCCAACCAAGUUCGAUUCUAAUGCAAAUGCAAAAGCAAGAAAUCAAAAUGAAAAUAAUGGCAGGUGUGGUUGUUCAAGUGCCAGAGAUAAUGCCAGAGAUAACGAGCAAAUCGAUAUCGAUAUCGCAAUCGAUCUCGAGAUCGUGUCCAAGUUCAAGUGGUUGUGACCCUCGCAUCGAAUCAAAAUCAAUACCAAUAUCAUUAUCAGCAAGCGAUUGACGACGGGAUGCGGCCUUUUCCAACGACCAUGUCACGAACUUACACGAAUGAUUGCAACGCAUUGAUGAGAUCGAGAAUCUCAAACUGGAGCAGGUGCGCAUGGGUCAGCAAUGCGCGGAUGCCCUGCGCCGCGAGAAGAUCCUCAUGCGGCGGCUGGCCAACAAGGAGCAGGAAUUCCAGGACUACGUGAGCCAAAUUGCCGAGUACAAGGCCCAACAGGCACCCACUGCCUUGGCUUUGCGCACUGCCCUUCUCGAUCCUGCGGUGAAUCUCCUCUUCGAGCGGCUCAAGAAGGAACUUAAGGCCACCAAGGCCAAGCUGGAGGAGACCCAGAAUGAGCUGUCCGCCUGGAAAUUCACCCCGGACUCCAACACCGGCAAGCGCCUGAUGGCCAAGUGCCGACUGCUCUACCAGGAGAACGAGGAGCUGGGCAAGAUGACCUCCAAUGGCAGGCUGGCCAAACUGGAGACGGAGCUGGCCAUGCAGAAGAGCUUCAGCGAGGAGGUCAAGAAGUCGCAGUCGGAGCUGGACGACUUCCUUCAAGAACUGGACGAGGAUGUGGAGGGCAUGCAGAGUACCAUUCUGUUUCUGCAGCAAGAACUGAAGACAACGCGCGAUCGCAUCCAAACGCUGGAGAAGGACAACGCCCAGCUGAAGCAGGCUAGCACCAAGGAAGAGGUCGUGGCACCGGCGACAACCACCAAUGGCGGCACCAACAAGACGUUAGGCAAGCUGGAGACCAUCGAUGAGAACGCCUGUUUGGCGAGUAGCCCAGCAAAUCCAGACUGUUACAAUGGCAACAGCGCUAACAACGAACCGAUCGUGGCCGCGCCACAGAUACCACCGGCGGAUGAGAGCAGCAAUGGCAACGGGAAUGCGGCGCGAUUGGCUCGCAAGCGAAACUAUCAGGAGGAGGAGUUGCCGCCAAUAAUCGUGAUGCCCACAACCACGCCAGCCAGCAUCCCCGUCCAGGAAGCGCCACCGCCAAUUAGGGAAGUUGCCGCCCCUCGAACUCUGCCGCCCAAGAAGUCCAAGCUGCGGGGCAUCACCACGCGACGCAACUCGCAGCUCGAGGAGGAACAUCAGCCAGUGACGACGCCAGUGGCCGUGCCGCUGAUCCUGGACAAUGCCGUGGUCGGAAUGGCGAGCGAAGAGGCGGCCGCCGCUGCGGCGGUGAGCAACAACAACGCGGAGGCGACGGGAGUGCCAGUGGGAGGAGCUCCCGGCGAGGCCAGCGAUCCAGCUGCUCCGGCGGCACCGGCGCGCAUCCUGACCCGUCGUCGGUCCGUUCGCAUGCAGCAGAACGGCAGCGGAGCGGUCGACUAUUCCACCUAAGCGCUGGCGGGGUGCACUCUUUAUGAUUUCGUCAUAUUGAUCGUUAAUUCCUGACGUUUACUUUUGUGAAUUGAGAUUUCAGAACAGAGAGAGACUUCAUUUUAUAAUUCUAACCUAUCGUAUUAGAUUCUUUUAUUUUUUACACAUUGUCUUGUAAAAUACGUUUAUUAUUUUGUUUGCAUGCAGCAUAGGCAUACGUAAUACGCGAAUUAAUUAGAAGUCACUGCUAUACAUACGAAAUACAAUAUGUAGAACAGUGUACCACUUCAGCACAUAUAUAUGGUCGAUCUAAACGAUAAUGCUAAAACUGAUUACCUAUUUAUGUUUUUUUAAACCACGGCAACUACUGAAAAGCUGAAAAAGAGAACUUCGACAAAACAAAACUCGUCAUUUAGCUAAAUUAGAUUUUAAUUAUCAACCUAAGGCAUUUUUGUAAAACGAUGAAAGUUGUGUAAAAUAAUAUAAACUUGUGUUAAAAUAAAUUGUUAAGUAUAACAAAUAUUUCAAAUAA